UCCACCAUCACCACCAUGAGAGCUCUGGUUACGGUAGCGGCAGUGUUGUGUUAUGGCGGGCUGUUGGCAUCGUGUCUACCAGCCUCGCCCAGUACCCACACUAGGCAGCGUACUGGUCCAGAUUACAGCUUCACUAUCUCCAGUAAUCCAUCAGUGGCCCACAUACCUCCUCCUGGGAUUAACUUAACACCUAGUACAGCGUCUGAAGCUCCCGUUGCUGAGGUGACCGUGGAGCCUCUUUCUACCGUUGAUUCUGUUGCCCCUGUUGUGACAUCUCUUCCUGUUGUGAAAUCCGAGUCGUCACCUACCCCAGUUGUCGCAGAGGAACUUACGACAGUGCCUGAAGAAGACUUGAACGAUACACCAAGACUUGAUGGGGUUUUCCAGGAACUGCCAUCUACUUUCUCUAUGCCUUUCCUCGCUGGGGACUUCCCUCAGUUCGGUGAUGAUGGGCAUUACUCCUUCAGUACCUGGUUUGGCGACGCCCCACCAGCUUAACACGCCAACACACAUCAGGUGGGGGAGAAGUCUUCUUGCUAAUGGGCUUUAAUGGAUCCUUAAUGAGGCAAUAAUUUUAAUGGGUUCUCGUACUAAUAACUGAAACCUCUAUUAAACGGACUAAUGAGAGAAGAAAGUACGUUAUAUCGUGAUUCCGUUAAGGAUCUGUUAUCCGGAAGUUGAUAUCUGUUUACUUGUGCAAAUGACAUCUCAACAUUUUUAAUUACUUCUCUGAUGCUAAUUACUCGUCAUUUUUUUGGUGUUUAUGUGAGUCUGGAUCUACUUAAAUAUUCACACACAUUUAUUUUCAAUUCUGAGAUAUCGUGUAAAUGAGACAGACAGACAGACUACUACAGAUCAGAACUACUAAAUAUCUACCUUUCUAUAAACUAAGAUGAAUGACUUACCCAUAUACUGUGAUAUAAAAAUGCUUAAAGAUAA